AUCUACUCCCACCUCUGUCUCGUCUUCCCCUCCCCAAAUCUCUCUGCCAGUGCCCAUCUCACACACCUUGCGCUGCUCCUUGCUACGGACGUCAUGGCCUUCAGCAGGAGAUCCUACCACAGGGGGAGCACGACGGCGGAUGCUGCAACCAGCACCCGCCGCUGGGAACGAUGACCACCGGCCGCUGCAAAACGGGGGGCACCCGUAGAUGACUGGAGCGUGGACGGUGCGGCGAAUCGAUGUGCUUCAACCGGCAUAACACAGGGCUACAACCGGCAAGAGUUUUUGCUGGGACCGGCGAAGUUUUUUUUGUUGCAUCGAAGAACGGCGGAAGCUGCUGCCAUGAAAAAAGCUGGAACUGGCUACAGGAAAAGUUACAACCAGCAAACAAAAAAGCUUCAACCAUUGUCAUGGUGACCACGAGCUACAUCGACAGUGACCACAAGCUGCACAUUUGCUGGAAGCGGCAUCAUGGGGUGCUGCAACCGGUGGUGGCAGAAGCGUCCACUGGCCAUGUGAAAGCUGCAACUACAACCAGAGGGAAAGCACGACCAGUGAUCGGAAUUGCUACAACCGGUGACCGGGGUGGGCGAGAAGAAGAUGCUACAAUAUUUGUUUUGCUGGAAGCGGUGAUGAGAAAAACUUCAAGCGGCAACGAGAAAAGUUUCAACCAUAGACUACAGAAGGACGGUGACGAGCCAUGGAGUGCGUUGGACGACCGCAGCGACGUGCGCCGCGAGCUUGAUGGAGGGUGCUGCGACCGGGGCGGCGUGGAGCAACGAGCUCGCCCGACGGCAUAGUGCUAGCUCGGCGAGGGCCACGAAGCGCUAGAACUAGAUUCGGGGGCGCGAUGGAGCCUAAGCGUGCGGCGCCGAUGAGCGCGCACUACAUGCUGGAAAUAGGCAGCGGCGAAGCGCACAAGCCCGGAUAUGCAGUGGUUUGACGAGGUCGUGGGCAGUUUUCUUUUUCUUUUUCUGCGAAGCACUUGUAUUACGAGGAUGACGCCAGAAUCCCAUGGCCCACAUGACUCGUAUCGCGCGGCUGCCAGGCGACCGGCCGAAACUUUCGGCCGGCGCGCCGGCGCCUAUUGCUGCCCUUACAA